GCUCUUCACUUAUUGGAGGGGUAAAUGCUACACACCGGAGACAGUGUCAAUUUCCGGUGCCUGUUGUCAUCCUUGCUAAGAGGCACUUUAGGUGAAAUACUGACAAUGGCAGAUAAUCUUGAUGAAGAUGAUGAUAUUCCCCAACUGUCAGCUGAUACUUUGAAAAUACUUCAACAGUUUUAUGAUGAACAGUCAGCUCUUCAUGAUAAGCAGAUCGGAAACCCAGAUAUCAUGCCUCAGGAGGACUGGCAACUAAGUCAGUUCUGGUAUAAUGACAGUACAGCUUUCAAAUUGGCAGAAGAGGCCAAGUAUGUUGCUGGUGAGAAUGGGAGGAUGGCAUUCCUUAGUGCUCCAACUGCCUUUAAGAAGCUCUUAGAGAUCAGUCCUUCAUCAGAUGCAGUACUAUUAGAAUAUGACAAAAGAUUUGCAAUACAUGGAGACAAGUACAUCUUCUAUGACUACAAAAAUCCCUUGGACAUUCCAAGAGAUUUAGAGAAGGCAUUUGACAUUGUGGUAGUAGAUCCACCUUUUCUCUCUGAAAGGUGUCUCAAGAAUACAGCUGAAACUGUCAAAUUCAUUUGGAAAGGAAAAGUUAUCUUAUGCACAGGUGAAAUAAUGGAAGAAUAUGUCAAGAAAUACCUUGGUGCUGAGGUGUGCAGUUUUAUGCCACAACAUGAAAGGAAUUUGGCAAAUGAAUUCCGCUGUUACACAAACUACAAAACUGUUGUUCUUGAGCAAACGUGAUACGGCAACGACUCAACCUUAUGAAUGGGGAAAAUUCUGAAUUCUAAUGAUUAUGUAUUUUUAAAUCAUAAAUUCUUAAAUUUAGAUUUUUUGGCAGGUAGCAACAAAACUGUAAAGACUAUCAUACAGUUCCAUUCUAUUCAGUGAAAUCACCACAAAUGCUACAAAAAAGUUGUAUUUUUAGUGAUUCUAAAGUUAAGCAUCUGAAAAUUGUUUUUCCCUAUUGAAAAGAUCACGUCAUUAAUUUUAUCAUGCUUAUUCAAAAUAAACAGGGAGAGUGGACCAUACAAAAGAAGAACAGGUGAUUAAAUGGUAGAUUCCACAAAUUAAGUUAGCUUAGAGAGCAAAUCGUUAUGGUUAUAGACAUUAAGUUGGAAGUAGUUUGUUCAGGCCUACCCAACUUGGCACUGAAUGAUCCUGAAUUUGCUGGUACAUCCAAUCACGCUACCUGUUUUCAAGGUGUGUAUCAGUAUGCAUUUCACAGUGUCAAAUUUUGUACUUGAAUUAGAGUAUAACUACUUUUCCUUGUUUGUAACUGAUAAAUUGCAUAUUCAUUUGAAUAAGAGGCUAAAAGGUCUGUAAACUAUUACUAAGGGAAAUUA